AUGGCUGAUGAUUAUGAAAAUGACGUUAGAAGUCUCAACAGCAACCAAAGAACAAAAAUAGGGAUUGAUCCUAACAAAGAGAAAAAUAAUAUAAUGUUUCAAUUUUCAAAAUUAACUAAAACCUUAUCCGGUGGUGAAAUAAAACGCACAUCGUCCGAUAUCUGUCGAAUUAACUAUCUCCGAGCUCGGGAGAGUGGGAUAUCAGCGGAGGGUAUUAAACUUUUCAAUAACGUUUAUCCUGGAAAGGAAAUUUCAUCACAAGCGUCCGUUUCUUCACAAACUAAUACUGAAGGAGAUAUACUUGAAGAGCAGUUCCCCAUAAACGUGACAAAUUUGAUGAAUGAAGAUCAAUUAUGGGGCUGUUUCUAUACAUUUCCCGAGUUGUAUUCCGACGUGUAUUCGCCUGUCGUGCGUAUUAGAAAACCCGAAGACGUGCCGGAGAUUGCAGCGGGUGUACUUACACGGGAUUUAGUCGCUGCCUGUCUCAGCUAUAUAAAGCGUACGCCAAUUCUCGGAGAUUUCGUUUUUAUUAAACUAGAUCUAUCUUCAAAGCAAAUUAUAAAUAUCGACGUUCUUCAACAUUAUAAGUACUUGGUAUAUCUGGAUCUGUCAUCAAACUUACUAACUGAACUAUUUGUUUUAUCUCAAUUACCUUAUCUACAGUUUCUCUCUGUAGCGUACAACAGACUUAAUACCGUUUUGGACUACGAAACUCCUCAAUGGUUCUUAACUGAGGUUCAUUACAAAUACAAUUCCGUAACAAAAGUAAGAGACCUAGCUGACUUUUGGUCAAUUACUGUUCUGGAUCUAUCUCAUAAUAAUAUAAAAUAUAUUAGCGGAUUCGAAAAUUUAAGAUAUUUACGUCGUUUAGACCUAUCCUUUAACCAUAUUAAAAGACUUGAAAACUUAAAUCAUCUCAGACUUUUGUGGCUAGAUGUAUCUUACAAUAAUAUUGCAAACUUUGAAUUCAACGAGAAUGCCGGCCUGUGGUCGCUUUUAGAUCUCGAAUAUUUAAACCUCAACGAAAACAAUCUUACUUGUAUGAAAAUAUUUUCAGGAUGUACCAGGUUACGUGAACUCCAUGUCCGUAAUAAUAGACUUGGUGUACUUCUUGAGAUAGCGGUUUACAUGCGUCAGUUGCGACGUCUCACCACACUAGACAUGCGCUCCAACCCCGUAUGCUCGACUCCGGGCUACAAGGAUGUAGUCAUUAGAACAUUUCCUCUUCUACUCUAUAUCGACGCUGAAUGUCUCGACCCUAUUGAACAGCGUACUUCAAAUAUGGAAAUGAACAUGGAUAUAAACACGUUCGCGUCACGUAGAUUACUGCGGUUGCUAUAUAUAGAACAAUUAUCAAAAACUAGCGUUUCUCCAUUCACACCGCCCGCAGACACCACUGAAGUUCCACUUGUGGUUCUUGUUGGUUAUGAAGCUGUUGGUAAAGGAACCCUUGCUAGACGUCUUGCUACAGAAUAUAGCUCGAAUAUUCAAUUGGCAAUACAGCAUACAACAGCGUCUCAUCACUUUGUCGAUCACUAUAUACGCGUAUCAAGAAAAAAAUUUGACGAUAUGAUUCUAAAUGGAGAGUUUUUAACUUACAGUGAAAGGGACGGUGAAUCAUACGGACUAAGUCGUGAAGAAGCUUUCAUAAAAGAUGGAAGAGUUCGACUAGCAACAAUGGAUUUGAUUGGAGCUCUAAUGCUUAAACUUCGUGGUCGACAACCCUACCUCAUUUUAGCAUCACACUCAAACAAAGCAACACUUUCCAGAAGACAGAAAGCACGAAAAGAAGCACGUAUACUGGCCAACGAAAAGAAAAUAUCUAUGAUGCUACCGCAGGAAAUAUCGACCUUGCAAAUGUUAUUAUCUGGACGAAUAAUAGUAACUGGAAUACUUAAUGAAAUUCUCCUCGCAGUACCUGCACCGACUGAACACACGUCAUCUUUAAAUACAUCUGAAUAUCCGUUCAUGACUGAAACUGAAGCAGACCACAAAUCCGUUAAAGCUGCCAACAAAUUAGGAACUAUGAAUAUGAGUUCCUCCUCGUUUAGGAGCUACGGCAAGAAAUCUACACACAGAAGUAGUGAGGUUGGUGGUACGAGCAUAUAUUCGCUAUAUAAAGCACCCAAGGGCACUGCUGAUUAUAUCAGUGAAACAAAUGCUAAAAAGUCUGAAUUUCUGCAGACGCUAAACAAAAUCGAUAAACGAUCUACAAAUAAAAGUGUAGAUUUUACCAAGUACACAUCAUCUACUUGGGAAGGAAUGCCUGCGGUGCAUGGAAGCGUCAAAUCAUCGAAGUCCGUAGCGUUCACAUCUCAAGACGUAGGAUUAGAUGAGCAUUCAGAUGCUUCUGGACUAUUUGUUGAAUCGCCACUAGACAAAGACGAAGUACAUAUGAAAACCGGUCAGUCUAUUAGUACAAAACUGUAUCCGCAUUUAAAUUUUACCAUGGAUGCUCAUGAUUCUGAUAUUUGGCUUGCUUUCCUCAUUGAUGCCGGGGUGCUCCAUGCAAGUGAAAUAGUCAUAGAACCGUCUGAUUCAACAAUUCAUCACGACACCAAGGGUGAUGAGUUAGAGUUUAUAGUAAAACAGAUAGAACAUCAUGAGGUUCCUUCAGAAUCGACUACAACUACCAUAAGAGACGAUUAUGAAGAUAUACACCGCAAAAUCCCUGGCUUGUUCUGGGACACAAUAACAAUGGAUAAUCCUGAAGUUGCAUUCAAAAAAAUGAAGAAGAUAAUCCACAAGAUAAUAAAAACACAACAGAACCUCAAGCCAAUGUUUGAUAUAGAUUUUGCGAAUUUGGAUCAUUACACUACAGUUCAAAACAGGUUAAAUAAUAUAUGUAGACAAAUAGCUCCACAGAAACUUUUUUUGUGA